AACUGAGCUAAGUCACCACACUUUCAGGGUCAUUCAUUGCUCAUUUUUGCGUGUGUUUCUGCACUCGUCCAAUCAUUUUCGCUUCCGCGAGCAUUUACUCUUCACGUUCCAUCUUUUCCUCUCUCUUCAGUCCCCAUCGCUGGGCUGCUGGGCAGCUGGGGUUCUCCCUCAUUUUUGCUCUCUGCAAUCUCAAAAAUUCUGUGAUGGAGAACGAGUAAAACAUUCUUUGCUUGAGCCCUUCAAUUUUGAGCUUAGGAGGGAGGAAGGAAGAAAGAUGGGCAUCAAGUUCAUUUUCUUGGCGAUUUUCUUGAGUGGGGCUCUGGUUUCGCUGGCCAGAAGCGAGCCCAGUGAAGAUAAGCAAGCUCUCCUUGAUUUCGCGAAUAACAUGUACCAUUCACGGCCUUUGAAUUGGGAUGUGAGGACUUCUGCUUGCAAUUUGUGGACUGGGGUCACAUGUAAUCAUGAUAAGUCGAGAAUUAUAGCCGUUAGAUUGCCCGGAUUCGGUUUUCGGGGCUCUGUUCCUUCCAAUACUCUGGCCCGCUUAUCGGCGCUUCAGAUCUUGAGUCUGAGAUCAAAUGGUUUUAGUGGGCCUUUUCCUUCCGAUCUUUCCAAGCUUGGCAACUUGACCUCGUUAUAUCUUCAGUUCAACAAGUUUCAAGGUCCACUCCCCCAGAAUUUUUCGGUUUGGGAAAAUCUUUCCGUUAUUAAUCUCUCGGAUAAUGCUUUUAACGGUAGCAUCCCGGCCUCCAUUUCCAAUUUGACUCAUCUGACCGCUUUAAAUCUUUCUAACAAUUCAUUCUCGCGUGAAAUCCCUGAUCUCAAUGUUCCGAGUCUCCAGCUUCUGGAUCUUUCCAACAAUAAUCUCACUGGAAAUGUGCCUCAUUCCCUUACUAGAUUCCCUAAUUCUGCUUUUUCUGGUAAUCAACUUGCACCUGAAGUUUCAUCACCGCCAGUUGUUCCUCCCAACGAGAAGCCAGAGAAGAAGUCCUCUAGAAUUAGCGAACCUGCUGUUCUGGGAAUUAUAAUUGGAGGUUCUUCUCUGGGGUUUGUGCUAAUUGCUGUUCUGCUGAUUAUUUGCUAUUCUAACAAGGAAGCGAAGCCUAAGACACCAAAGAAGCCAAAGAAAGAAGUGUCACUUAAGAAAGAAAAGAAAACCAUCUCAGCAAGUCAGGAUGGAGAUGGCAGGCUAGUAUUCUUCGAGAAUUGUAAUCUUGCCUUUGACCUUGAAGAUUUGUUGAGGGCUUCAGCUGAGGUGCUUGGGAAGGGAUCAUUUGGUACCACCUAUAAAGCUGCAUUGGAGGAUGGAACAACAGUUGCUGUGAAGAGAUUGAAGGAAGUCAGUGUUGGGAAACGAGAGUUUGAGCUCCAGAUGGAGGCUGUUGGAAACGUAAGACAUGAUAAUGUUGCUCAAUUGAGGGCAUAUUACUAUUCCAAGGAUGAGAAGCUCAUGGUGUAUGAUUAUUACGCUCAAGGGAGCGUGUCUGCGUUGCUGCACGCAAAAAUGGGUGAGAAGCGGAUUCCUUUGGAUUGGGAAUCCCGUAUUAGGAUUGCAAUUGGGGCAGCGAGAGGUAUUACUCAUAUACACUCGGAAUGCGGUGGGAAACUUGUUCACGGAAACAUAAAAGCUUCGAACAUUUUCCUCAACUCCCAACAAUAUGGUUGUGUGUCUGAUCUUGGCUUGGCAACACUAAUCACUCCAAUAGCCCCACCAGUCAUGCGGACUGCAGGGUACCGUGCUCCGGAAGUGACAGACUCCCGGAAAGUCUCUCAAGCAUCCGACGUCUUCAGCUUUGGGGUGUUGCUGCUUGAACUUCUCACAGGAAAAUCCCCUAUACAUGCUACUGGUGGCGAUGAAGUUAUCCACUUGGUCAGAUGGGUUAAUUCUGUUGUUCGCGAGGAGUGGACUGCUGAAGUUUUUGAUGUAGAGCUUUUGAGGUUUCCUAAUAUAGAGGAGGAGAUGGUGGAGAUGUUACGAAUAGGGAUGACAUGUGUGGCAAGAAUGCCGGAGCAGAGACCAAAAAUGAGUGAUGUACUGAAGAUGGUAGAGGAUAUGAGAAGAGUCAAUACAGGAAAUCCGCCAUCUACUGAAACGAGGACGGAAGAAUCAACUCCCGCCGCCCUCACACCGAUUGCUGCGGAUAUAGCUUCGACUUCUGGUCAACAAUAGUGUACCAUUCUUACUUCAAUUAAAGGAGUAAAUAUGCUGGAAUUAAUUUUUCUCCCAUUGCUCAACUAUUGAGUUUUAGUCGCAUUGUUUGGUAGUACGUCCUUGUAUCUUCUUUUGCUCGUCCAAGAAUGCCUGCCAUGUAAAAUGAGGUUGGACAACUACUUAGUAUUUCGUUGUUCUUGACUGCUAUUUGCAUGAAGAUGCUGGAUCACGUCUCUCUCUCUCUCUCUC